UCCCUCUUAACCUCACCAUCCACGCAACCAGCACAAACCGCCAUAGAUUUAACAACCAAAGGCCUUUACCACUACCAACAGCCAGAAACAAGAAUGACACAAAUCUACUCCAUCUCCCUCAAAUCCCUCCGCAACCGUCUAUCCAGACACUCCAAGCCCAAGCCAACUAGUACAAUCAUCACAAUUUCUUCUCCCCCAGAAAUUCUAGAAGCGGAAACGCAGACUGUCAAGCCGAUAAACCGACGCAAAAGCGUAAAAGAGUUUAGGAAGGCAGUGGUCGAUUUCCUGGCAGAGCUUGGAGGUGCGGUUAGGGCUAUUCCUUUCGAUGAUGAGGGUUAUGGACGGUGUGACUGUGGACGGUGUUUUGGGCGGUGCUUUGGGCGGACACCGCAGGGUAGAUACGGGUCAUUUUUGACUGGUCGUGAUUUGGAUGAUACUCUGUGUCUUUUAAGGCCGAGACCAGUUUGUUGAUGUUUAGGGUGUAUUGGCUGUUGGAUUUCAUUGGAUUCGUUUACGAGGUGUUUAUGCCUUGACCAUGGGUAUGAUUCACGAGUUUCUCCAUAUAUUAAUAAGUCAUUGCUCUGUAUGAUAAGGUUUCGC